AUGUACCUGCCAUCAACGUCGUACACAGGACCUUCAACUACAAUUAACAGCGGCGCGGGGACAUCUACUGCGGGGAGCUCUGAGCGUACGGAAGACGCGUUCCACCAGCCAGCCAACACUCAUGCCACAAACAAUGCCGAGUCAGUGUCGGAAAUGGCAAUCGUGCCAGCAAUACCGACAAGCACACAUUUGCACACCAGCACAAGCAACACUCAAGCAGGUGAAACAGCCGCCGAUACUGAAGUGAAUGAUGAAAUCGAUGAUGAAGCACAAGGAGAUGAAGAUGGUGGGCAAUCAGAAAUCAUGGUACCCCAGCCACCGUAUCUUGGGCAAAGAUUUGAUUCGUUUGCAGAUGCAAAGGAAUUCUACCAGACAUAUGCAAAGUUCCAUGGGUUUGCGGUCAACACCGAAUACCAUAGGAAAAUUAAAAGAACUAACGAGUACAGCAGAGGUGAGAUGAGGUGCUACAAGGCACGGAGAAACAAGAAGGACAAAGGUGAUGCGCCUGUCGUUCCGGAACGAAAGAGAGGUAUCAUUGUCAAGACGGAAUGCCCUGUCCGGUGUAAGCUGAACGUAGAUGGAGCACAGUGGGUGGUCACUGAAUAUUUUGACGAGCACAACCACGAGCUAAUAAAGAAGUUUGACCUGGUAAAAUUUCUGACCGCCCAUAGAGGAUUCACCCCCCUCGAGAAGAAAUUCAUAAAGCUGCUACAUGAUUGUAACGCCGGUCCAUCAAGAAUGGUGCAGAUACUCUCCCUCAUCCACAGCAAAAAGGGGUCUCUGAGUAGCAUGCCCUACCUACCAACAGACGUCACAAACCUAAAGGAAAAGUACCAUAGAGAAAGCAAGUUGGCUGACAUAGAAGCCACGAUAGCCUACUUCGAUGAGAAAGCGAAAGAAGAUCAAGAUUUCUUCUACAGGAUAAGAUUGGACGAUGAGGACCGUGUCAGGAACAUGUAUUGGGUGGAUGGUGCUACAAGAAGAGCCUACAAACAUUUCCGAGACUGCAUUUCUUUCGACGCGACAUAUCUCACUAAUAUGUACAAGAUGCCAUGCGCUCCAUUCAUAGGAAUAAAUAACCACAAUCAGUCAUUGCAGUUCGGAUGCGGGCUCGUUCGAAACAAAGACACAGAUGGGUACGUUUGGCUGUUCAAGACCUUCUUGGAGUGCAUGGGUGGACUUGCUCCGAUGAACAUAAUAACAGACCAGGAUUUUAGCAUGCGUGCAGGCAUAGAGGAGGUCUUUCCGUUGGCAGUGCAUAUGCACUGCAGGUGGCACAUUAUAAAGAAGGCUGAGGAGACACUAGGACCGUUCUUUGCUGACCGUCCAGACCUGCACAAGGCAUUCGAGCUGUGCGUGGACCACAGCUUGACGGUGGAGGAGUUUGAAAGGAGCUGGAUGGCUAUGAUUGAAACAUAUCAAACUACACAGCGCAGUGAGGGGUUCAAUGCUGUUUUGAAGCGGUACGUGAGCCCUGGCAACUCAUUGCUACAGUUUGCCAAGCAGUACACCGCUUUGCAACAAAAAAUACUGGGAUCCGAGCUACAGCAAGAAGCAAACACCGCGCUCAAGCAGCCAAAAUUGCUAACGUAUUUACCAAUGGAGAGGCAGAUGAGCAAGAUAUACACCAACAUGAUUUUUAACAAGUAA